GUGGACCGUUCCAUUAAUACUGCGCAUGCGCGAGCAUUUACGCUUUAUUAAUAACGAGAAAUGAAAUUAAAGCUCUUAUUGAGUAUCUGCUUAUAUAACUGUACUGUACGCCUGAAUUUUAAUUCGCAACAAUUUUUAGACAGGUGCAAAAGAAGACAACUUUUUUCUUCUUUUGAUUAGGCGAAAUUCACGGCCACCUAAAGGGUCCUUUUGAAUCCGGUUUUGGUCACUUUAUUUACACAUCCAGCUUAUUAUUAAAUUCUGCCUCAUUAUUAAUGUUCCUGUGAGGUGAAUAAAAUAAAUAAAUAAAUAAACAGUAAUUUUCAUCUUUACGAACGCGCAUAGCUAUGAACAUCUUGUUGAAAAUGAUUCCGGAGCUGAAGCACGCUUCGGUGCGUAUGAGAGACGGAGGACGAGUGGAGACCAUCAUCGAACACAUGCGGAGAGAAGGACCUAAUGCACUGCAGGUGAUUUCUGACUUUGACAUGACGCUCACCAGAUUUGCUCACAACGGGACACGCUGCCCUACCUCAUACGGUAUUCUACACAGCAGCGCUGUCAUUAGCGAGGACUGUAAAGCCAAGAUGUCGGAUUUGUUUGAUCUUUAUUACCCUGUUGAGAUCAACAACUCGAUGUCGGUGGAGGAGAAAAUCCCUCACAUGGAGGAAUGGUGGACGCGAGCUCACGAUUUGCUCAUCAAAGAGCGAAUCAGGAAAGACCAGCUGGUUCAGGCUGUAAGAGACUCCGGCGCCAUGUUGAGAGAGGGGUACAAGUCUUUCUUUGACGUGCUGUGGUGGAACUCCGUUCCUCUGCUGAUCUUCUCAGCCGGAGUCGGAGAUAUUUUAGAAGAAGUGAUCACCGAACACGGGGUCUUCCACCCGAACGUGCGCGUCUUCUCCAACUACAUGGACUUCGACCAACACGGUGUUGUGCGUGCAUUUAAGGGCGAUGUGAUCCACACGUUUAAUAAAAGAGAGGGCGCUCUACAGAACACACAGCAGUUUGUACACGAUCGCAGCAACGUGCUGCUGCUGGGAGAUUCGCUGGGAGACCUGGACAUGGCCGACGGCGUGCAGGGCCUCCGCAACAUCCUGCGCAUCGGCUACCUCAACGACAAGGUCGAGGAGAGGAGGGAGGCGUACGUCAGGUCUUACGACAUCGUGCUGGAGAAGGACGAGACGCUGGACGUCCCAAACGCGAUACUUAAUUACAUCACAGCGGAGAAACGAGACCACACGCCCGUCUGAAAGGUCACCCAGCCAAUGGGAAACCAUCAUCCCAGCCAGCGGCCAAUCAGGAUUAAGCUGGGGUUCGGAUCAUCUGUAAUAACGUGUCUUUUAUUAUUUUUUCCCCCUCAGAUUUUAUAUUAUUUUUUAUACAUUUUUAUAAAUUGGGUGAGUUUCUCAUAUCUAAACAUUUGAGAUAUUUUCACUUGUACAUUAAAACGUCCAUCUCCACUCUACGCUGUAAUCUCGUACAGGAGAUAAACUCGUAUGUUAUUCACAACGGAACAUAGAAAACAUAUUAAAAUGUUUAAACUGAGGAAAUGGACCGUUUUAAGGGGAAAAUAAGGUCACUUUGAGUUUGAUGGCCGUAACACGUCUCAAAAAGUCGGGACUGGGACAACGCAAGGCUCUUUUUAUACUCAAUCACGUUUCUGACCUGUCGCCAGUUUACCUCCAGCUGUUUCUUUCCAGUAGCACUUUACUUUUCCGGCCUUUUGUUGCCUCCCAUUUGUGUAACGUAAAUUAUAAGAGAAUUAAAAAGUGUUUUUGACCUUGGAUACACUAAAACAUGGACCAACUGAAUAAUUUGCGCACAAAAAAAAGAAUUCUGUACCUUUUUUCAGCUGUACUUUUAUUUUAUUUAAAUCUCAUUUUAAGAACUUGCAUAUUGUCUUCUUUUUUAUUUUGUCUGAAGAAUCAGAAGCAAGUGAAUGUAAAAGAUGUGGCAGUGUUCUUGUUUUCCAUCAAUUCAGAUAGUUAGCAGACAGCGCCCCCUGCCAGGUGAACUGCAACUACAGUAACUUAAGUAAGUCAGGGGUUCCCAAACUUUUCCAGGGCAAGGCCCCCCAAAUGGCAUUAACAUUUGACCGAGGCCCCCCUUUUGCAAGAUGUCUUUAAAAGCUAUUAAAAAUAUAGACUUCUGAAUAUAUCCCCAUUUUUUUUAUUAAUAAUUACAUCUUACAGCUUUACAUUACACUACAUUAGGAAUUGAUUGUGUGUGUGUGUCGUUGAGAGUGAGAAUCAUGUACUUAUUUUUCACACCAAAUUGUUGAGGCCUCCCUGGCGGCCCCCACUUUAAAAAUCAUU